CUUUAUAAAAGACCUCCUCUUUCCAUCAAUCCCAAAUCUCAGCUCAGCUCAGCUCAGGCCUGAUUGCACGACUUAAACACCGCCCGAGCCAUCAAUCUCAUUCGCUCACACCGCACCAAACCAAACCCGCCGUCUCCGGCCAGGCAGGAAAACGCAAGAGCUCGGCCGGCCAUGGACGCCACGCGGGACGGUGGCAUCAGGAGCGCGCCGCCGGCGUGGGGCGAGAUGGAGACGGACUGCCUGGUGCACGUCUUCCGCAGGCUGGCGCUGGAGGACGCGGCCGCCGCGGCGCCGCUCGUGUGCCGCGGCUGGCGCCGCGCCGCGGCGGACCCGUCCCUGUGGCGCGCUCUCGAUCUGCGCCACGACCACGUCGCGCGCUUCAUGCCCUGGGGCCCCCUCGCCGCCGCCUUCGCGCGCCGCUACGGCGUCGCCCGCUUCGCCUUCGCCGGGUUCCUCACGCUCUGCCUCGCCCGCGCGGCGGGUUCCGUGUCCGACCUCGCGCUCCCGCCGCUCCUCUCCUCGCCGGCGGCCGAGCUCGACCGCGUCGCCGCCUGCUGCCCGAGGCUGCGCCGGCUCGCGCUCCCGCCGCUGCUCUCCGCCGCCGACGAGGCGCGCCUGCCGGAGCUCGUCCCGCGGUGGCCCCUCCUCCAGCGCCUCGAGCUCGAGUCCAAGCCGUCGUCCUUCCCGGCCGUCGCCGCGCAGCUCGCGCUGCACUGCCCGGACCUCUCCGGCCUCAAGACCUCCGGGGCCAUCAAGCCGGAGGACGCCGCGGCCAUGGCGGCCUUGCUGCCCAGGCUCCGGUCGCUGUGCCUCGACUCGUCCUACCUGCCCAAGCAGGAGCUGCUCGCCAUUCUCGCCGGCUGCAGUCAGCUCCAGGAAUUCAGCGCCAGGAACUGUGUCGGGUUCAACGAGAAGGACGAGGAGGUGGUCCGACGAGGCGCCAGGAUCGAGCGGUUCGAGAUCGGAGGGUCCAGGUUCGUCGACGUGCUUGACGACGAGAUGAUGGCCGACGACGAGUUCUGCGGCUCUUCCUACGUCGACGUCAUGUGAUCUCCUCUUUCAAGGCCUGAUUGAUGUAGUCUCAUCUUGGUGUACCCGCCGUGUACGCGUAGCACAAAACUUGAUGCGUCUUUGAAACACUUGCUGUUUUUUUUUGCCGGCACUUGCUGUUUUAUUUGAAGAGAAUAAUGACGUAUUCGAUUGCGGUCAUUUGUGUGUGUUGAUUGUCGUGAGCGAUGGGUCUUCGUUUAGGAAGGAAUUUACGUGUUUUUCGUUCACGAUAAUGCGUGUAUUAUUCAUAUCAUAAAUAAUAAAGUACAAGUCACGCAAGGA